GCCAUAAUGGAGCGCAUGAAUGCCCUGGCAGAUGCUCUCAAGAGCAUUAACAAUGCUGAAAAGAGAGGCAACCGCCUGGUUCUUGUUAGGCCAUGCUCCAAAGUCAUUGUCCGGUUUCUCAUGGUGAUGAUGAAGCACGGUUACACCAGCAAAUUCGAAAUCACUGAUGCUCACAGAGCGGGGAAAAUUGCUGUGAACCUCACAGGCAGGUUGAACAAAUGUGGAGUGAUCAGCCCCAGAUUUGAUGUACAACUGAAAGAUCUAGAAAAAUGGCAGAAUAACCUGUUCCCGUCCCACCAGUUUGGUUUCAUCGUACUGACAACCUCAGCUGGCCUCAUGGGCCAUGAAGAGGCAAGACGAAAACACACAGGGGGGACAAUCCUGGGAUUCUUUUUCUAG